AUGGCCCAAUACCAAAUCUCAGUUCUUGAUCAUUCCUUUGAUCUUGACCUAUCUUUGACCAUGGAAUAUCACCACCAAGCCACCACCACAACUACCAUCCUCAAAAGCCACAAACCGCCAUCACCGGAGGAAGCUCAGAACCAAGUUUUUGCGAUGCCGACCAUCAUGGGUCCAUCAAGUGUUUGUAUCGUAUGCAUGGAAGGUUUCCAGUCAUCAUGUAAAAGUAAUAAGCAAGCUUCUUGUGGACAUAUCUACCAUUUUGAUUGUAUUACAAAAUGGCUCUCCCUGCAUAACUCUUGCCCUCUUUGCCGGUGUAAACUUUCCGGCCACCAGAAAAGUUACCCAGAAGGAAAUUUGUUGGAUUUGAUGAAGUAA